AUGAAAACUGCUGUAGCUGCAGUUUGUGCGACGCCUGCUGAAUGUGAAAACCUGAACUCAGCACAAGACGCCGACCUCCCACUGUCCUUCUCACGUCGCGUCUCAUCUCUCCAUCAUCGGGUAUUGACCUCUGCCAUUGCUGUACAAACACACAGCCCCUCCCCCGAUCACCCACCGCCCCACCCCCGAUCACCCACCGCCCCACCCCCCAUCACCCACCGCCCCCACCCCCCAUCACCCACCGCCCCACCCCCCAUCACCCACCGCCCCACCCCCCAUCACCCACCGCCCCCACCCCCCAUCACCCACCGCCCCACCCCCCAUCACCCACCGCCCCCACCCCCCAUCACCCACCGCCCCACCCCCCAUCACCCACCGCCCCACCCCCCAUCACCCACCGCCCCACCCCCCAUCACCCACCGCCCCCACCCCCCAUCACCCACCGCCCCACCCCCCAUCACCCACCGCCCCACCCCCCAUCACCCACCGCCCCCACCCCCCAUCACCCACCUGAAGCAGGACUGA